AUGACUACCGCAUGUUAUGCCACGAACACAGAUAAAAACGUGCGAUAUCUACUCGUAGUGUUGACAUCACUCUCUGUGUUGUCGUUCUAUCCAGUUACUUAUGCCGACGUGAGCCUCACAGUAACGGCACCUCAAGGCGUCCUUGUGGGACAGCAGGCCAUCAUCAGUUGUGUCAUUGAUCCUGACCAGCAGGCAGCAGUGUCCUGGUCUAAAGGCGGUGCUUUUCAUGCAAGUACAGCUGUACUGGCACAAGGUCAAGGGCCCAUUACUGACGGCCGUUAUAACGAGUACAGAGACAGAGACAUCGACAUUGAGGGUCGGGCAAGUCUGCGGAUACAGAACACCAGGCUGAGUGACAGAGGAGAGUUCUUCUGUGAGGUUACUGUGCUGACUGCAGCACCUGCCGGCCCCCCGACCAUCUCCCCCUCCGGGACCCCCAGUACGGAGUCCCCCCUGACGCUGACCUGCACCACGGCCGGAGGCUACCCCCCUGCCACCAUCAGCUGGUACCGAGGUCAGGAGAACAGGACUGCGGAGGCUGAGCAGCAGACUGACGUGGAACAGUCUGAUGGCAGUGUGACGUCAUCACGACAGUACAUCUUCACUCCGACUAAAGACGACAGCGGCGUGUCCUACAGAUGUGUCGUCAGUCAGACUGUGCUGCAGAGUAACCUGGAGACACAGACCACUUUCAAUGUCAGAUACCCAGCAGAAAUCAGCCCAACCCCUCCGGCGACCACCACAGUCAUAGCCGGGCAGUCGGCAAGCUUCUCCUGCCCUGCUGACGGCAACCCUGACACCUUCACCUACACCUGGAAGGAGGGAGGGAGGACCAUUAACACUGAUGCUGAGGACCAGUUUAGUCAGAACGGCGGUGUGCUGACGAUCAGUGCUGUACGGAGGGAACAACAUGACACAGUUUUCUCAUGUGACGUCACCAACAACAUCGGCAGUGCGGACACGGCGUCUACAACACUCGACGUCCAACACCCCCCAGACGUGUCGGCUCCUGUGACUGUGACAGUAGAGGAGAACCAUGACCUGGCUGCCGAGUGUACUGUCACGGCUAACCCUGCUGUCACCAGUGUGGAGUGGAAGAAACAGGGCAGCACCUCAGCUGUGUCCAACAGCGCUACGCUGUCCAUCACAAGGAUCCAGAGGGGGGCAGCUGGUACCUACGUGUGUACAGCACGUAACAUGCUGCAUGAUGACAGCAUUGGAACUGGGACAGCGUCGACUGUUGUCAUUGUGCAGUAUGCACCGUCCAAACCCAGCCUGACCAUCGCCCCCAGCCCAGUAGUGGAGAACCAAACUGUGACCCUGACCUGCCGGUCUACCAGCGCUGUGCCAGACCCAACCUACACGUGGAAGUUCACGGCACAGGGACAGCCUGAACAGGACGUCAACUUUGGGACAACAGCUGACAGCGGAGGGACACUGACAAUAACUAAUGUCCAGCGCGCACAGGCCGGGCAGUACAGAUGCACGGCCACUAACGAUGUGGGGUCAACGGACAGCAACACGACAGAGCUGGUCGUCAACUACCCUCCAACCGUGUCCACCUUCACUGCUGACUCCAUCCCAGCAGAUGAGAACAGCCCUGUCACCCUGACCUGUACUGUGGACAGCAACCCUGAACCGACUUCUGUCAGCAUAGUGAGGGUGGGGACAGGGUCUGUAGGUGACAUCACUCUGGCCACAGGUCAGGAUGUGAAGAGUCUGUCCCACACCAUACAGACUGUGAGCUACACGGACACAGGAACAUACAGAUGUCAGGCUGUCAACGGGAUCGGGGAAAAUGCUACACGGGACAUGGAGCUUCUGGUCAACUACAUUCCUGUUUUUGUUGGAGUCCGAGACAAAUACGCCGUUGCGAAGGGUGAACCCGUGACCUUGACAUGUAACGUCACAGCCUACCCAACACCUGUGACGUUUACGUGGGCUAAAGAUGGUGGGAGUGUUUCAGGCAAUGCUACCAUCACAAAUUACAGUCUGGGCAGCACACUGAGCUACACAACAGUGACAGAGGAUGACUACGGAUUCUACAACUGUACAGCUAGGAACAUCAUGGGCAACAAUAGUACUGUCAUUGAACUGACAGCUGAAAGUGCCCCUGAGCCCUCAACAGACCUGACAGUGACCAUGAAGAACUCCAGCCGUUUUGUGACUGUAGAGUGGACAGCUGGGUUUAAUGGUGGGCAGGAAACAACACACACUGUACAGUACAGGACAAGGGCAAGUGCAUGGCAAGAUGGGCCUGAGAAACUUGAACCAGCGAGUGCGGACCAUCCUCAGUUCAGUGUGACCUUCCAGCUCCCAGAGAAGGCAACAUAUGACAUCCGGGUCAGAGCUACCAACAGGAACGGAACUGCAGCGUCUAAUGUGGUGUCUUUGACUACAGAAGGUUUGUCAGUAUAG